GUUCGAUUUCAACAAAACCAUCCGACCACCUGCCCGCUUGCAUAACUGACACUUGACACUGACACUCUUGCACGUUCAACUUGUCUUCCUUAGUUUUUCGAACCAUCUAUUUAACGAAACAUUCCGAUUUUCAUCACUGUGUGAAUCAGUGCGCCGCGACUCUAGCUCAUUGAGACGGCCUGUACAGAUUAUCAUGGAAUAGUAGCUCCGUGUUUACGCCACCAUGUCUACUGCAGUCCGCAUCUGCGUUUGCGGCGAUGAGGGGACCGGCAAGUCUAGCUUGAUUGCCUCUCUGGUCAAGGGCGUCUUCGUCGCCAACAAGAUACAGGCCGUCCUGCCUCAAGUUACCAUUCCCCCGACGACCGGAACACCCGAAAAUGUUACCACCACCAUCGUUGAUACAUCCGCCCGCCCACAAGACCGAACCACGUUGCGCAAGGAGAUUCGAAAGUCCAACGUCAUCCUCCUGGUCUACUCCGAUCAUUACAGCUACGAACGCGUCGCUCUAUUCUGGAUGCCCUACUUCCGAUCAUUGGGGGUCAAUGUUCCGGUUGUACUAUGCGCCAAUAAGUCGGACCUUGUUAGUGAUGGAAAUGCUGCGCACGUGGCCGAGGAAGAGAUGCUUCCUGUAAUGGCCGAAUUCAGGGAGAUCGAUUCGUGCAUUAGGACGAGCGCAAAGGAGCAGAAGAACGUAAUCGAGGUCUUCUAUCUAUGUCAGAAGGCCGUUACGCAUCCCAUUGCCCCCUUGUUCGACUACAAGGAAGGCCAGCUGAAGCCCGCCUGCGUCGAUGCGUUGAGGAGGAUAUUCUUCCUGUCCGACAAGGACCAGGAUGGGUACCUGAACGAUCAAGAAAUGCAGGAUUUUCAACAAAAGUCUUUUGACAAGCCGCUUUCACAAGAAGACCUCGAUAACAUCAAGCUGACAGUCAGCAAGUCAGUGCCAAGCUCUAGCACUGAUAAGGGUUUGGAUCUCCGAGGGUUUCUGCAACUGAACAAGCUAUAUGCAGAAAAGGGGCGGCACGAGACGAUUUGGAUCAUUCUUCGAAAAUAUCACUACACAGACAGUUUGAGUUUGGAGGACAGUUUCUUACACCCACGAUUCGACGUUCCCGAUUAUGCGUCCGCAGAACUCAGUCCAGCGGGAUACCGGUUUUUCAUGGAUCUUUUCUUGACUUUUGACAAGGACAACGAUGGAGGUCUCAAUGACCGGGAACUUGCUGCCUUGUUCGCGCCCACUCCAGGACUCCCACACUCUUGGGCUGAGACUUCGUUCCCCUCCACCACCGUCCGGAACGAGGCUGGGCACAUCACUCUUCAAGGUUGGCUUGCCCAGUGGAGCAUGACUACCUUUCUAGAACCGAAGACAACCCUCGAGUAUCUAGCAUACCUAGGAUUCGAGACACCAAACGCCCGCGAGACGACAACAGCCGCCCUCAAAAUCACAAAACCUCGGAAGCGAAGGCGUCGGCCCGGGCGCGUCGACCGCAACGUAGUCCUCUGCUACAUUCUCGGCUCCUCCGGCGCCGGCAAAUCCUCCCUCUUAGAUGUGUUCCUCAACCGGCCCUUCGACACGCUCUACCACCCCACCAUCAAGCCCAGACAGGCCGUCAACAGCGUCGAGCUCCAGGGCGGCAAGCAGUGCUAUCUGAUCCUCGAAGAACUCGGCGAGCUGGAGCCGGCCAUCCUCGAGAACCAAGCCAAACUGGACGCCUGCGACCUCAUCUGCUACGCCUACGACUCGUCCGAGCCCGACUCUUUCUCGCACAUUGUCGAGCUCCGCAAGCGAUACCCGCAGCUCGACGAGCUACCCGCCGUCUACACGGCCCUCAAGGCCGACCGCGACAAGACCACGCAGCGCAGCGAGCUGCAGCCAGACGCGUACACGGCCGCGCUCAACAUGAGCGCGCCCUUGCACGUAAGCGUCACCUGGAAUAGCAUUAGCGAACUGUUUGUCGCGCUGGCGGAGGCGGCGACGAACCCCAGCACGGCGUUUCCUAGGAGCGAGGAACCGCCGGCGGAUAGGGCCAGUCUGUACAUGGCACUGGGAGCGACGGCGUGCGCGGCGUUAGCGGCGUUUAUGAUUUGGAGGAGGUCGACUUCGAAUGCUGCGUAG